AUGUCAGGGAGUGCACAAGAUGUGUGGACGUUAAAGGAGAAGGAGGUCGCCAUGCUCACGAAGUUGUUGAUACUGCCGCCGCGACACGUGCUGGAGUAUGGUUGGCCGUCGUCAAAGUGGCUGGAGAAACAGGAAUUCAAGAUAGAGAAUGGAUUCGAGUGCGACAAAGGUGGCUGGUACCGCCUGACGAAGCGCUUGGAGCGAGACAUGUCGACCAUCCAGCAGAUGCGGGUCCUCCUGGCCGAGGCUACGGGCUUUCAGAAGAACAAGGUGCUGCCGCCGCGGGUCGAUGUUUGUUGGGUCCAUCGUAGUCUCUCGCCCUUUGUCAUCCACGAGGUCUUUGAGUGCCUGGCCGAGGAGGUGACGUUCAAAACCGAUGUUGUCCGUGGCUAUCGUGGUAUUGAGCAGACGGCGGACCUAUCCGAGUUUGUGAAUCGCAUGACGGGCAUCAACGGCCUCUGGCUGAGCGAGGACGAGUUCGAUGAGAUUUUCUGCAAGCACCCAGAGGGAGGAGGAAACGGGACCGAGGCCUUUCCCGAGGCCAACCGGUUCCUGCCGCUGCUCAACGCCAUACCGAGGAGGGCACGGGACAAGCAGGGGCGCAGAGACCGCAGCAAGCCGCGGCCCCGGCGCAGCUGCGAAGCCUGCGUGCUUGCCUUUGUUGGUGCGCGAGGAAGGUUGCUGUCAGACCUGCGAGCACACUUGUUGGCGCGAUCUCGGGUCGGCGGGAAGAUGCCUAGGCUGCUACGCUUUGUCGAUGCUUGGAUACAACACUUUGGCGGCGAGCGCGCAAAACGGCUGACCCUUGAAAGCGAAGACCUGGCGGAUCAUAUCGAGGACGUCUUGCGCCGUGAUGCGGAAGAGCAACGUCGCAACCGGCGUAGCAAAAAGGCACGCAAGUCCAAGGGCCGUUCGGGUCAGGAGAACUCGGCAAUAACCACGGAUGGCGAAGAAAAUGGGCUGCCUGGACCUGAGCCAACAAACUUGGGCUUUCCACUGCCACAGCUCGGGCCGCACCGGCUGAUAGAUAACCGUGUGUGUGGGACGUCUACCGCGAGACCGUGGAGGAAUCGAGAGUCUAGAAAUGACUUUGCGGAUGAUUCCUUUGAGAACCAUUACCCCCAGGGGGUCGUUGACUGUGAUGAUCGUCAAUACGUACCUGCAGCCCCUGUGGCAUCGGACCCCAUAGUAGGUGGGUAUGCAGCGCAGCAGGAGCACUAUGGUAUUGGUAAUGAUUAUUAUCAGAACAACUACUAUGACAACCCUUAUGGCUACAGUCAUCGGGAGUACAAUGGCCAAAACGAUCAUGACCCGAAGUUCAGCGACGAUGACUACGACGGGCAGUAUACCCAGCUGGGGGAAAACAGACGCGCAGGUAAACCUAGCAGCAGUAGACAGUCGGCUGUCCCUACUGCCGGGAGAAGGGAAUCUGACCUUGGGUCCGUCAGACAGCCGGGUACCGCCUCGAUUAGCCAGUCCGAGGGACAAGACGACUGCGAACUGGAUGAAACCCAGCAGUACAUUGGCCCGAGAUCGCACUGGCGUUUGCCAAACAAAAAGGAGGAGGAGGAGGCUGCCGCCGAUGAGGAGAUGGAGCAUGACGAGACCUGGGACGUCCAGACUAGACUUCGAGAGUGGAGCUCUCGGCGUCAACUACGUCCAGAACCUGUCGUGCCAUCUGAAGGCAACAUAUUGUCGGCAUUUCGUACAACCUCUGGUGGUAAUAGUCACAAGUCUACUUCAGCAAGCCUGAAUGGGGCAUACCAACCCUCUUCAAACAGGACCAUGACGAACCUGAGCGCUAUCGUACCGCCUCUCACACUGCGGGGCACCGUUACUGCUGCUGCUGCUGCUGCUGCUACCGAACCGGAUGAGGACUACGGAUACGAGUCGGACUCGUGGCGAUCUGCGUCCGUCAUGACCUGGGUCCAGAGCAGCCGGCAACCAGCAGCAUCGACCGACGUGCCACCCGUGCCCAGGAUACCGUCCCAAUACAAAGAGAGGCGCUAUUCAAGGUCGCAGCAAAAAAGCAUGGACCGCAACAGCUUCUACCAACUGAACAGCGCGUCGUCCAUCUACUCGGACAAUGACACGGCGUCCACGGCUUCUUCGGUCACGGUCUACACCGACAUCAACAACAAGCCGACCUCGACGCAUCUGCCCGUCCCUUUCAGAGAUCCUUUCGCCCAAGGUCAACAGAGCAGCGGCCGUGCCAGGUCCAUGGUGUCCGAGGUCUCGUAA